AUGUACCGGCUAACAGUUAACCUACUGCUCAUCCUGUUGUCCAUAGGACUCUUGGAUGCCACGCCCAUUGUCAACGCUGACCAGCAACUUGUGCGCAAAACGCGACAUCUUGGCGCACUCCUCGGCGGUGGCAUUGUAGGCGGAGCAGUGGGUGGAGCUGGCGGUGGCUACGUUGGUCCGCCCGCUAUACAAACAGUGCCCGUCGUUCAAAACGUUCCCGUCAUAACAACAGUGCCAGUGGUAACUCAUAUACAGACAGCAGUUCCAAGUUAUGGAUAUGGACCAAGCUAUGGCUACGCACCAAGAAGUCUUGGAUAUGGUGGGCUGGGAGGACUGGGCGGCUUGGGCGGCGGAGCAGCAGCUGGCGGCUUCGUUGGUGGCGGCAUUGGAUUCGCCAAGUUUAAAGGGAUCGGCAUCGGCGGCCUCUUCGGUUAA